UUUCAACAAUGAAUUAAUUUUUUUGAUAAUUUGUAAGAGUAUUUAAAAAGAUAUUUAAAUUAGAAGGAAAUCUUAUUAAAUAAGAGUUGCUUAUAAAUUUGUUCUAAACUUAUCAAUAGAAACACACAGGAAUUCUAUGUAAGAGAUUAAAAGUUAUUUUUCGUGAAAAAGAAAAAUUCAGGGGCUCCAAAACGACAAUUUGUAGCCAAGCAUGGAGUUCCUGAAUCUAUCUUAUGAAAUUGUGCAAACAACCUGGCCUGUGGAAUCAUAACACAUGCACACACUUUCAUCUUUAUUAUUGGGAUGUCAUCAAAGAGAAAGAUUGAAAAAUAUCUUAAAUGCACAGUAGUGGGUGAUAAAGGUGUUGGAAAAACUUCUCUUCUUCUAGCUUAUGCGAAUAAACGAUUCCCAACUGAAAUAGAUCUUAGGAAUGCCAGGACUUUCUGCCCUUCAUUAGAGUCUGUGACAAUAAAUGUCGCAGAUUGGACUGUUGAAUUAUUCGACAUCGCAACAAGUGCUGAAUAUGAGCGUUUGAGACCUCUGGGGUAUGAGAACACUCAUAUUUUCUUCGUUUGCUUCUCCGUUGUCAUGCCGUCAUCUGCCGAAAGCCUUAAGACGCAGUGGCUUCCAGAGAUAACUUUUAAUCGUCGGAAAGCGCGGUACAUUUUGGUUGGAACACAAAUCGAUUUACGAGAUGACGAAGUGACAAUUGAAAAAAUGGCUCAAAACAACCAAAAACCAUUCACAGUUGAAGAGGGCCAGAAGCUGGCUGAAGAGCUUAAAGCUCUUAAAUAUCUUGAAUGCUCUGUCUUAACCCAAGAAGGCUUGCAAGAGUUAAUGGAGGAAGCAGUGCAUGCAACUUUUUCAGCUCCAAAAACGAAAAGGAAACGUAAAUGCUUAAUCUUAUGAACUUCUUGGAGCAUUGAUGUUAUGGUACAGAUUAUUAAUAUGAUAUUAAAGGGAAAAAGAUUUA